UCUGCAUUAAUGCGAUGAUCGUGCAUUUUGUUAAAAAAGGAAAUAUAAUUAGCGGAGAAAAUUAGCAAUAGUUUCACUUUUCAUUUCUUUUAAUCGUAUUACUUGGAUAAAUUCGUUUCAAAUUGGAAUAGUCCAUAUCCACUGUUCUAUUCACCUAUAAAUAUUUUCCCUAUGAUUCAUUUGUCAGAUAAGUGUCUUAAUUUCUCCUAAAUUUUGAGACAAAUAAACUAGAUUGGUUUUCAAAACUUUUUGAAGCUGUCAAUGGAGGGAAAUACUUCAUCUAACUCAACUAUUAUUCCUGAGCCGGAAUCAUCUGCCUCAGAAUCAUUCGAUUUAAAGGACUGUUCUAAUGCUUUACCGAAACUUGAAUCUGAUGAAAGCGAUGAUGAAUUCAGUGAUGCUAAGGAUGAAUGUGAUGGGGAAAGCGAAGAACUAGAACUAGACGAGGAAGCUAUUAUUGAAAGUCACAAAAAUUUGUCAGAUGAAGAACUUGAGAGGUUAAAGAUUGAAAGUGGAACCCUGAAAAAUGAUGGAAAUGACCAUUUUAAAAGAGGAGAAUAUGCUGAAGCUGUGAAGUUGUAUACUAGAGCAAUUAAUAUCUGCCCAAUAAAAUAUUCCACAGAUCGUUCCAUUUUGUUUUCAAACAGGGCUGCUGCAAAAAUAGGUCUUGAGCAGAAAGAAGAAGCUGUUUUAGACUGUAAUAAAGCAAUCGAGUUGAAUCCAAAUUAUUUAAAGGCAGUUCUUCGCAGAGCUCAAGUCUUUCGAAAGUUAAAUAAUUUGGAGAGUUGCCUAGAAGAUUAUAAAAAGGUUUUGGAGUUGGAUCCUAAUAAUGCUGAAGCAAGACAAGCUUGUGCCACUAUGCCCGCAGAAAUAAAUGAGAGGAAUGAAAAAUUGAAGCAAGAAAUGUUUGGCAAACUUAAGGAGCUGGGAAACUUGUGCUUGAAACCAUUUGGGCUUUCAACUGAUAACUUCAAAGUUGUUCAAGAUCCAAACAGUGGUGGUUACAGUGUUAAUUUCCAAAAUAACGGUAGUUAAAAUUAUAAUCAAACUCCUGUUUGUUAUUGCACAGUAACAGUCAUGUAUAUAUGUACUUUUUAUUUGAAUUUUGAGAUUUGAGUAAUACAUGUAAUAUUAUAAUAAAUGCAAUCAGUUUCCAUAUAUAUUUUUCUCUUUUUAUCUAUAAAUUUAUCCAGAAGGAAAAGUACCACUAUCAAAAUUUAAAAUAUAAUUAAAAACAACAAGAAACAUUUUAAAUGAAUUUAUUAACGAACAAUUAUAUACAGUUUGGGCAAACUUUUUGCAGAAAUUCAACAAGUAAAAUUUACAUUUUUCAACUUUUUGUCGUUCAACUUUGCCUCUAAUUUAACAGUAUAUUACAAAUUUUCUUGAAGGAUGACAUAAAAAGAAUGAGCCUUUUGAUUAUUACUAUAAAAUUUGGCAGGCAAGUUCCAUGAAAAUGGAUUGAUUGACAUCAGUACAUCACUCGUAAAAGCAUAACAAAUUAUAGUGUAAUUAUAUUACAAUACGUCUAAAAAAAGAAAUGAAUACAAUCAUCAAAAACAGUAUAAAAACCUACUCUAUCACAAUUAUACUUAAGUAGAUUAUAUAUUAAAAGAAAGAUUUUUUUUUUGUUUGAUGAAAUAUGUAAGAUGGAACACCAAAGGGUUUGGAAAUGAUAUGUCAUACUGUUUACUUAAAUUUCAUUCUUAAGGUGCUUAUGUACAUAUGGAAUAAAUUGCUUGGAAGUAAAAUUUUCCUUUUCAUAUGAAUGUUUAUUAAUUCAUUUUUUAAAUAAAUUGUUCGUUAUGAGACAAUGUGAAAAACAUUUAAAACUAAAUUCUGAUUUAAAUCUUAUUUCUAGAACAAUUUAAAAAACUAGAUGCUGCCAUUUAUUGUCAUGAGCCCCACCAUUAAAAUACAAUACUAUACUUUCUUCUGUGGUUGUUGCAGUUUUUCCCUUCAACAUUUUACUUGAUUCUAUUAAUUUAAUUUUUAUUCUUUUGAUACUUUUUCGAUGUGAAACUUCUGAACUAAAUUUUGAUAGUUCAUCAAAUUUCUCACUUUUCCUUUAAGAUUCGGGUUUUAUUAGAUUUAUAAGUGUAAUUUAUGAUAUAAUUGCACAUUUGUCUACCAAUAACAAUAUUUCACUAGUAUGUUUUAAAACAUAUGUGCAAAAAUAUGAAUUUGCAUUUUUGAAUUUGGAUGUACAAUUUUUUUUUUUUUUUUUUGUGUGUGUUUAAAUCAAAUAAUAUAUUUUAACUAAACUCAGAAGACAUACAGGUAGUUAGUUCAUUCAAGCUCAUUUUAAUUAAAGUCAAAAAGAAAAAUUCAGAUCAUAGAUUAUGAAGUAGUAAUCUUUUCAAUUUUCUCAUCAUGCAUAAUAUUCUUUCAAAAACAUUAUAUUUUAAAGGUUACAUCCUGCAAUGAGUUGUUCAACUUUUUCAGAAAUUGUUUUUGUGUAUUUAUAACUUUCCGAUAACUUGAUGUUCAGUAACAAAAAUGUUUUAUGUGCAACAACCUGUAAUCCAAUAUUCACAACAUCAGAAACAAUGUUUGACGAAAUCGGGUCUCCGCAGAUACAAUAUGAAUUAACAAAUGCCUUACUGAACUCUCAAAAAGAUGAAUAUUUUGAUCUUUCAAAGACUUCCUCUUUUGAAAAUAUUUUGAUUACAUCAAGUCAAACUUGAAAAUCAUAAAGAAUAAAUCAACAUUAUUGUAAAAUGAAAUGUAAAAAAAAAUGAGAAAAUUUAACAUAAAAAUAAUAAAAUAGAUAUAACAAUUAAAAGGAUAUGUUUUAUAUGUUUUCAUGGAAUGUUUCUUCUUGCAUGGUAGAAAAUGUGCUAUUAACUACAUGUCAAGAAAGUAUCUGGUACAUACUAUGUCCCAAACACAACACGCGUCAAGUACAGCCGUAAAAAUUAAAAAUCUGGCAAAGCAGAGUAACUAUAUUGUGCACCUACACACUGCAUAUUCCUACUCCUAAAAUGUCAAAUAUAAGAAAAUAAAUGAAAUCAAAUUCAUACAACACUAGUCACUGUGUGUUACAUCUAUAUAUAAUAUGAAAUAAAUGAUUCCAUUUAAAGUUUUGGUAGAUUAUAUUUAAUGGUCUAUAUAUUGUGUGUAAGUGUAUUAACUCUUUCAAAAAGGAUUUUGUGUUAAUAAUAUGAUACACACUUGGGGGCUUAAUGCAAAUUCUUUUAAACUUGUUUUCUGCAUAAAACUCAGUAUGCAAUACAUUUAUGCCACAUACUUAAUUGCUUGUGUAUUUAAAAGGAAUGGUUAUACCAACAAAGUUUCAUCUUUUUUUUUCCGUCGCUAAACUGAAUUAAAAAACUUCUCUGCUUUCCAAUCUACUUUGGCUGGAAGAACAUAAGUUUAAUACUUGGAAAGAGUUUCAUUUCUUUCUCCAU